CCCCCCGUGCACCCCUCGGCGCCGCGUUUCGGCGCGGCUCCCGGCGGCGCCAUGGCCUCCGACCCGCGUGGGAAGGCCGCGACGCUGGCCCUGCGGCGGCGGCUGCUCAGCAAUUCCUGCAGACUCUUUUUUCCUGAGGAUCCUAUUAAGAUUGUCAGAGGCCAAGGGCAGUACAUGUACGAUGAAGAGGGGACAGAAUACAUCGAUUGCAUCAACAAUGUGGCUCACGUUGGGCACUGUCAUCCUCUUGUGGUCCAAGCAGCACAUGAACAGAACCAGGUGCUCAACACCAACAGCCGAUACCUGCACGACAACAUCGUGGAUUAUGCGCAGAGGCUGUCAGAGACCCUGCCAGAGAAGCUCUGUGUGUUUUAUUUCCUGAAUUCUGGGUCAGAAGCCAAUGACCUGGCCCUGAGGCUGGCACGCCAGUACACAGGACACUGGGACGUGGUGGUAUUGGACCAUGCUUAUCACGGUCACCUGAGCUCCCUGAUCGACAUCAGUCCCUACAAGUUCCGGGACCUGGACGGCCAGAAGGAGUGGGUCCACGUGGCACCUCUCCCAGACACCUACCGGGGCCCCUACCGGGAGGACCACCCCAAUCCAGCUGUGGCCUACGCCAGCGAGGUGAAACGUGUGGUCAGCAGCGCACAGGAGAAGGGCAGGAAGAUCGCAGCGUUCUUUGCGGAGUCCCUGCCCAGUGUGGGAGGGCAGAUCGUUCCCCCUGCUGGUUACUUCCCGGAAGUGGCGGAGCACGUCCGCAGGGCCGGAGGGGUCUUUGUUGCAGACGAGAUUCAAGUGGGCUUUGGCCGAGUGGGCAGGCACUUCUGGGCCUUCCAGCUGCAGGGGGAAGACUUUGUCCCUGACAUUGUCACCAUGGGCAAGUCCAUCGGCAAUGGCCACCCUGUGGCCUGCGUGGCCACAACCCAAGCUGUGGCGAGGGCAUUUGAAGCCACCGGCGUUGAGUACUUCAACACGUUUGGGGGCAGCCCAGUGUCCUGCGCUGUGGGACUGGCCGUCCUGGAUGUCUUGGAGAAGGAGCAGCUGCAGGCUCACGCCGCCUCUGUGGGCAGCUUCCUGAUGGAGCUCCUUGGGCAGCAGAAAGCCAAACAUCCCAUCCUUGGGGACAUCAGGGGCGUUGGGCUCUUCAUUGGUGUGGACCUGAUCAAAGAUGAGGCCACGAGGAUGCCAGCAACCGAAGAGGCUGACUACGUGGUGUCCAGGCUGAAGGAGAACCACAUUUUGUUAAGCACGGAUGGCCCGGGGAAGAACGUCCUGAAGUUUAAGCCCCCCAUGUGCUUCACCUUGGACAACGCACGACUUGUGGUAGCAAAACUGGAUGCCAUCCUGACAGCAGAGGAGAAAGGCUGGCUAGUCUGGGUGGCUCUGCGGUCUUUCCCAGACAUGGAAGAGAAUGUGAGAAGCUGUGAGACCCUGAGGCUCCGGCCCUGAGGGAGGCCCUGCUGAGGCGUGUCCUUCUCUGGGUGAUGUCCCUCUCUGUGAGUGCCAACGCUAGGAGGCUCUGGCUGCUCCUCACCCCUCCCCGGCCAACAUCUCCCGAAUACUUUUGGAUUUGAUUGCUGGGCCAGGAGUGGCUAUUUCCUCUGCCAGCCAGUGCCUCUAAGGGAAAGGAAACUUCUGCCAGGCUCCCCCCCCACCUGGAGCCCCAGCCCAGUGCCGCCUCUCGCAACUACCUGGUCCUGGCCUUCCACUCGGUGCCAGAGCCAGCACGGCCUCGCCCAGGUCCAGCUGGCCCUUACGGCUGUGCUCUCCUCUUCAGGUUCACACCGCCUCCACCAGAAGGUAGAGAAUCCCACUGGUGAAGACAGGUGUUCCAAGGUGCUGCAGACUCACGCUACCCUGGGGCAGUGUCCCCACUGGGGAUGGUGAGCCCUCACUACACCAUCAUCACUCUCUUCAACAGCUGCCUCAAGCUUUCUUUAAAGGCUUGAGUCCUGGGCAGGGCCAGGGCCAUGUCAUUAAAAGAAAUUAGCUAAGGAUGCGGAUAGUGUGCGGUUAUGCCUGACAGGGCGGUUAGGUCAUGAAAGACACCGGAGCUCAGAAAGCUCUGGAGCACCUGCCCCCUUUCACAGUGUGCCCCACACUCACCCAGGCUCAGGGGUUUUUAAAUUUUUAUUUCAAAAGCUUGGAUAGCUUCAAUAUCCAGGUCGUGGCAAAAUCAGGACACGUGUAAAAUACCUUACAAUACAUUAGAUUCCCGAAAGGUACCAAAAAGUACAGUAAAAUUAACACUUCCAUUACAGGAAAUGUAUGACACAAAUAAUAUAAAAUUAAAAGGUGAAAAAAGGUGACACUGGUUUCCUAAGAUACAAUUUACUCUUUACAACCAGGGUCCACACAGAUGCAGGCUGCAGAGCAGCAGUGGGAAGCAGACCCUCCGGCCUGGCUCUGGGUCACCCGGUAAUAAAAAAUCAGCCCAUAAUGCCUCUCUGGCCUCUUAAGACACCACACGCUGCCUAAAACAACUAGAGCUCUGGAAAUAUUGAACAGGAGAGUGAUUUCCAGGGGGAAAUUUUUAAAUAAGAUGCACAUGGGACAGGCUAUAGAAAGUUUGCCAAGUUAAAUUUGGUACAUAAUUGUGUUCACUCGAUAUCCAAACAAAGCGUGUGCGGUCAGUCGGGCACUCCUGCCGAAGCCUCAGUAUGGCUUGUAGUUGUUCUGAUGGCCACCGCGUCGUUGGCUCUUCCCGUAAUUUGUGCUACCCUGACCUAGGGACGAGAACAACAGUGACAGCAGCUACAGCUUACUGAGCCUUUACCCUGUGCCAGGCGCUUGAGAGGCAUCCUCACCGGAGCCGACAACUCUGUCCAGCAGGAUGUCUUCCCACCUUCCUGAGGCCCACAGCUCAAGAGCUCCAAACUGGGGAGCUCCAAUGACCGAGCCAGGCCACAAAGCCCAGCCUGUCUGACUCCAAAGCCCCUGCUGCCAGCGGCCCAUGCUGCCAGCGGCCCCUGCACUGUCUGUCCUGCCUCCCGGGAUGGGCGAGCAGACGGGGGGUCUCCCUCUCUCCUACUUACUGUAGUCGUAGCCGGGGCCGUAGCCGUAAUAGCCAUAGGGCGAGUAGUCGUAGCCGCCAUAGCCAGGCCCGUAGCCCUGCUGGUAGCCGUAGCCCUGGUUCCAGUAGCUGCCGUAGCCCUGAUUCCAACUCUGACUCUGACCUGUGGGGGGAGCAGGGCACAGGGGCCCAUGGACCAUUUAGCACACGCAGGAGCUAGGAUGGAGGAGAUCCUGCCCUUUGGGUGGCGAGGUUACUAUGGCAACUCAGAAAGGCCAAGGGGCUGCUGUCCUGGUGUAAAGGGCCCUGGGCCCAGCCCUGCAGCUGAGAGACCCAAGCUGGGGAUGAGAAGGCCAGGCCAGGAAACUAACUUCGCUGGGGCAAAUGAGGCAGCUCACUCUCAUUCACGUCACCCUCUGAUCACCCCCACCCUCCCUGGCAGCUUGGCCUUAAAAAGGAUGGAGUUCAGGCUUUGGAGUCAGAGGGGCCUGGGAUGGAAGGUUAAGCGCCUGGCACAGCCUUGCCCUACCCUUCUGCCCACCUGCCCACGGGUGUGCCAAGACUCAGAACAGCCAGAGCCAAGCGCGCCCCACCGUGCCCCACCACUCAAGAGUGAUGCAGAUAGACGCCCCCUCUGCCCUGGGGCCCUACAGCUCUUCCACUCCAAGCAGCAACAGCACCACAGCCUCGACCCAGGAGAACCAGUCCUGGUCCUGCCCACCUGGCUGCACUGAGCACUGGAGGCCAGAAAGCCCCCAACGACAGGCACAGAAGCUCCAUGCAGGCAGGAAAACAGAACCUGUCUUCACUGGGGAUCCACUCACCUCCUCCACUUCCGCCACCACCGCCGCUGCCUCGGUUCCCUCGGUUGCGAUUCCCGCGGCCCCCGGAGCCAUACUGCUGCUGUUGAUAAACCUCUUUAGGCUGAGCCACCUUGAUUUCACACUGAAAGCCAAGAGAGCAGUGGGUCAUGCCAGCAAGAAGAGCUCUGGGCAGGGAGUGUGCAUAAAGGCCUUCACUGACCAACACUCAGAUGGCACAUCUUGUCUACCUGCUCAUAAACAGCACGUGCUGCAAUAGAAACCACCCCGGGACAGUACCCAGAAGCACAACUAGUACCCAGACUGAAACUCACACACAAGCGCCUUUUUGGCUCAAGCCCUUCCCCAGGACACUUGAAAUGAUGGGAUACACCAGUAGGUCUGCAGAGGGUCACCCUUGGGCGCUCCACAUCUAACAAGUGGGAGGAGAGCUGCAAGACAGCCGGGCCAGUGCCAGGCCAGUGGAGGAAGACACCACACCAGGUGUUAGUCUGCAGCCACCUUGGCCCUACUGGGCAAGGGAGUCAAAGAAGGCCUCCAUUAGAGAAAAAAAGCCUCCCUUUUCCCCCAACAAGAAAUAAAACAUCCCACUCAAAUAUGCCACUGAGGCAGCAACCCUAACCUCCAUCUUAUAUAGGAAGAAAGCCACUGACGUUCAAGGCAGGCCUUCCAUAAGGCCACAGUGCUCCCCCCACUUCCUCCAACCACUAGUCUGUUGUUGGGACGGGCUAGAUGUGUCCCCUUAGGGCCCAGAGACUUACUUCCUUUUUGCUCACAACUGUCUAGUGCAGGUGGGGUCACAGACCUUCCAGUGCUCCUACUCAAGUUUUUUUUUUUU